AGUUAUCUCAGCAGUUAAAGCUACAUAUAACCUUAGGGUCUUUUGGAGUAUGUAUGUCUUCCCUUGUUUCUACUCUUUUUCACUCCCAAGCUGACAGAUUAUCUGUUUUCCAUCUUUUUGUUUCCUUUCUUGUUGGUCAACAUACUUAAACCAUUGAGCUUUAUUUUUCAACUCUACCACCCUUCAGCCUAACACUUGCUCAAAUGGCCACUAGGAGCAGAGCAUUUAAGGCAGGGAGGCAGCUUGGAGAAUUCCUCCAAGAAAAGCAAGAGCCUUUCGUCUUAGAGGUUUACCUUUCAGAAAAAGGGUGUGUGAAAAAGAAGAUAAUUUCAGGAAUUAACUUCAACUUCAGUUGUUGCCAUGCCAAUUCGGCCAGGUUCUUAAACAAGUCUGAUAGUCAAAAAGACAGCAAGAAGGAUUCUCCACAAUUUCCCAAGGUUCUUAAAGUUAUACUACGUAACAAGUUGUUUAAAAUUAAAGGCUUGAUAACCAAGAAUUCCGAUAAUGAAGAUGGAAAGCUUAGUGUCAUUGAGAUGGACAUAAAUACCCAAGAAACUGCAGAGGCAGAUAGAUUUUCAUCUGCUAGCAGCGCAACAGUGUAUAAUUCAUGCUCCGAUAGUGACAUAGAUGAACCACGGAUGGUUGCCGACACUUGCGUAUCUGACCACAAACUCGACGGUGAAAGGGAAAAGAAGAGUCAAAGUUUGGAUGGAGUUGCAUGGAAGAAAAUAAACAGCAUAGCCCUCAGUCAGUGUUAGAGGAAGUGUCUACUUCAACAUGCUCCCCACUCGAUACUCGUUAGUAUCUUUAAAGUUGCUAAGCUUUCAUAAUUGCUUCCCUUUUGAUUAAAGUUGAGUACUAAUUCACCUCAAACAGCAAGAAAGGUUUCCAGCAAAAAGGCUCUUCAAGGUGGACUCAAUACUCUCACCUUGGCUCUUGAAUUUACUUGAAACCAGGGCAGAGGAAUCAAGGUGUGCCUGCGCGGGAUUAAAACAACACAAAAUGCCUGAUUGGUCCAGUUCUUUGAUUGUACUAAAAAGUUGGUAGAAAAUAAGCAUGGCAAGGAACAGAAAGGCAAAGGAAAAGGGUCUGCUAAGGCGAUUCCAAGGGUUAGGUGUGAAAAAUUCAAGGGAUGGGGAAAACGACUCGGAGAUGAAUCCAUUAUUAAGCAAUUGUUGGAAUUAGAUAUAAUGAAUUCAACCCAGUGGAGGAAUGAUUUUGACUCCCAGAAAUGGAAUAUCGGGAUGGUAGUUGGAUGCGCUAUUGAAGAGGAGAUUACAAGUGAAGUCCUAAUGGACUUUAUGAAUGUCCUAUAGCUAACAUGUAAAUUGCUUGCUUGUUUCAAAAUUUAAUUAUGGUGUCUGCUUUUAAUUGCUAUUCAACUGUUGCUGUUACUGUUUAAAUUUGUUCCUUCAUAUAAAUGGACCUAAUAAAUUUGAGAAAAGAAUG